AGGGAACAAGAAAAAUGACCGUUAGAAUGUCUCAUAUAUAUAAAAACUGAGAUAUCCCUUGAACAAAUUCAUUGCAUUGCAUUACUCCAUUCCAGGAUAUUCUCUUCAUUCUUCAACUCUCUGUCAUUCUGUUUUUUCUUUAUUCAAUAUUCUUAAUGGGUUAUCCACAUAGAUUUAUUUUUUCUAUUAUUAUUAUUAUUUUCUUUUUGAUCUGUUUUUUAUCUUUUAUUGCAGCAGCUUCUAAUUCUAGCAAGCACCAUCACAAAUGGGUCGGACCCUCCGGCCACCUUCUCAUCACCGUCGACGCCAAUGGGCUCGGUAACUUCCGGACAGUUCAAGCUGCUGUCAAUUCCAUCCCCAUUAAUAACACGAAGAAUGUGUUAAUUCAUAUCAAUGCUGGUUACUACAUCGAAAAGGUGGUGGUUCCGGCAUCAAAACCGUACAUAACUUUUGAAGGUGAAGGGAGGGAUGCGAGUGUAAUUGAAUGGCAUGAUAGGGCAUGUGACAAGGGACCGGAUGGGCAGCAGCUGCGUACUUAUCAUACAGCUUCUGUCACUGUAUUGGCAAGUUACUUCACAGCCAGAAAUAUUAGCUUCAAGAAUACUGCACCGGCGCCGAUGCCGGGAAUGGAAGGAUGGCAAGCGGUGGCAUUUCGAAUAUCAGGCGACAAGGCUUACUUCUCAGGAUGUGGAUUCUAUGGUGCACAAGACACAUUAUGUGAUGACGCUGGCCGCCAUUACUUCAAGGAGUGUUAUAUUGAGGGCUCUAUAGACUUCAUUUUUGGCAAUGGACGAUCCAUUUACAAGGAGUGUGAAAUACAUUCAAUAGCAACUAAAUUUGGGUCGAUAGCGGCCCAAGACAGAAAUUCAAUGGAUGAAAAGACCGGAUUUGCAUUUAUACACUGCAGGGUGACAGGUACUGGGCCACUUUAUGUGGGCCGGGCCAUGGGUCAGUACUCAAGGAUUGUAUAUUCCUAUACCUAUUUUGAUGAUAUUGUGGCCCAUGGUGGGUGGGAUGAUUGGGACCACGUCAGCAACAAGAACAAGACGGUGUUUUUUGGGGUGUAUAAAUGCUCAGGUCCGGGAGCAGCAGCAGUCCGUGGGGUAUCAUGGGCAAGAGAGCUUGAUUAUCCAACUGCCCAUCCAUUUCUAGCCAAGAGUUUUGUGAAUGGGAGACAUUGGAUUGCACCCUCAGAUGCUUAGCCUCGCAUUUCACUACAAAAAUUUUUAAUUACUUUAUUCAUUCAGAUAUUUAUUUUUAAAUAAUUUUAGGUUUUAGCUUCAAUUAUAAUUCAUUUUUUAAUUUGUUUAUUCGAUAAAGAAGUGUUUCUAUAGAAAUUCUAUAUAUUCAUAAAUUACAAAUUUGAUUCAUUAUUUUUCUAAUAAAAAAAUGACUGGGCGCGUUACAUUUGG